UUUAUCAGCCGCCGCCUGAGGAGCGGCCCGCGUGAGUGUGUGUGCCCGGUGUGUACCUGAUGCUGGCCGACAGUACGUAUCAGGACGGCGUCGCACCCGGUGCGGUGUCUGGCCUCUCCUCUCCGCCCGUGGUGCCUCUACCAGCCGUGCGCCCCAGCCGCCCGCCGAGCCCGCCUCCCCUCUCCGCUCGGAGGAUGUUGGCUCAGGCCCCUCUGCUGUUGUUGCUGCUGUCGUGCCUCGGGGGCGCGCGCGCGGGACUUCCCUCUGCCACCGACGCCGACGUCAAAACCUCGUCCAUCGGGACUUGGACCCUGUCCUGGCCCUUCUGGGAGGACCUGACCUCCGACGUCUGUGAUGAAGAUAAUGGUAAAAAGUGCCUUGACGGCAUCACAUGCUACGAGAAAAUUGAGUGCGGUAGCGGUGCCUUAUUCAGCAAAAAUUGUCCCGAGUAUCACAUCUGCGUCCAUGGCACCUGCCAGUGCCAGUUCCCCUUCCCUAAGGCUUGCGAGGCAUACAUCAAAAAUUGCAACGUUUCCGACUUAAGCUUCAAGGGCUGCGACGCCGGGUUGUGCUACACGUCGCUCGUGGACGACGAGCCCUGGACCAUGAUGGAGUCGUUCUUUAUUGGAGGCAUCAUCUGCUUCUUCUGCGUGGCCGUCGGUCUCUGCGCCUGCAGGUCGUUGAUCACCACGAGCUCGCCGCGGCGGAGGACCAGUGACGGGGCGCAGAGCGUCAACUCCAUGCAGCGGUGGAUCGACGAGCGCCUCCGCGACCGGCCUCCCCGCUACGACGAGAUGGUGGCGGAGGAGACCACUGGGCGCUCGACUGCAGCAGCAGUCACGCCGGCUGCGGUGCCCCCCCUCCACAUUGAGCUGGAGAAACCGCCUUCGUACGACUACGCCAUGGCUGAACAUCAAACGUCCAGCUUCUACGAGCAGAUCCCGGUGGGGGAAGGCCCACCCCCGCCCUACUCGGCGCUAGCUAUGGCCUUGAUGGAGGACGAAGGUAUGGGGUUCAGCAACCCCUGUUUCGAGGGGGACGACACCCUAGCUCCAUCCACGCUGCCGGCGACCUCGGAGUCUACCCUCUCCCUGACGUCGGUCUCCACCCUCGAGUCAUCGUCGUCCUUCAGGUCCACUGCCUCGUCCUCCUGCUCAUCGUACCUGUCGGCCUCGUCAUCCGGACCCGACCUGCCGCCUCUGCUGACCGUGUCGCAAGCCGUCGCCAUCCAGGAAAUGAUGCUUAAGGAGGGUUCUCAGUCAUCGCCGAGCCUACCGGCACAGACUUGGACCUCUUUUUGACGGAACAGAAGGAUACUUUAUUCAAAUCUCGGGUGCGGUUGACAGGUUGCUGGAGAAACGCCCCGACAAAGUCUAGUCAAAACGCAGCGGGGACGCUGCUGUUAGGAAACCGGGUGACUGAAAAUUAAGGUAGAGCCCCGUACCGAGCGAGGCACGCGGGCUAGACUCCCUUCUUGACACGGCAGGUGAGGGGAUGGAGGUAGACUCUUGGCUCGCGGCUCUAACCAGAGGCUACACAAUGAACGUUUCCUACCGAAGGCGACGCGAGGCAGCGUUUUGGCGCUCGAUGUAUGUGGAGACUCACAGGGCGGGCCGCCGGCCCCACACAGCUGUUUGGCGGGUUGGCCUACCCGGCGCGUUGCAGGCGGUGUCACACAAUAAAAGCGUAGGUCCCCCGAGCUGUGUAAGUACCAAACUGGUGGGUGAUGAUGGCAUAAAGAGAUCACUUUGGCAUGUGAGUACAAGGUUAAAAGGCGCCAAACGUUUCAUCCCGUCAUCUCGGGGAACGUUCAACGUUUAUUGUGGGGUAACCUAACCACAGGCCUUCAAGGCACCAUAUUUAGAUGUAGGCAAGCUUCAAAAUUUCAUGAGGCUUUUCAGCCAUCUGGUCAACUAAGUCAUGACAAGGACCAAACCUUUGUUCUUUCCUAGUGACAUGACGUCAAAAGACACUACGGUUUAAUUACCGUGAGAUAUUAACCCUUGACGUUUGACGUUUUGGGUUGUUUGAAGCAUGGACUCUACUGUGAUUUAAAUAAUUUGAUCAUUUUUAUACUAUUUUGUAAAUAAAACAAUGUUUCAUAAACAUUUAA